CGCCCUCACGCAGCAUCAGCUGGACCGUCGACCUCCACUCUCCGCUGCUGGGAUCCUCUCAUGCGGCUCCGCAUCCUCCAGUCCACGGAGCGUAUGUUGCCAUGAGCGCCUUGUGUCACCUCGUCCGGAGAGGCCUGCCGAGCGGCCGGGCUCCGUGCCGGCUGUUCCCCGCAGUUGGGCUUCAGUGUGGCGCCUCGGGGGUCCGAAGGCUCGGCUCCAGACCCAGCCCCGUCAACCUCACCUACGACGUCUUCGACGGGAAGGGGGAGAGCACCCCGCUGGUCUUCCUGCACGGCCUCUUUGGCAGCAAGUCCAACUUCCACUCCAUCGCCAAGUCGCUGGUGCAGCGCACGGGCAGGAAGGUGCUGACGGUGGACGCCCGUAACCAUGGCAACAGCCCCCACAGCCCCGAGCUCACCUACGAGGCCAUGGCCGGGGACCUGAAGCACCUGCUGGCGCAGCUGCACAUCGAGAAGUGCGUGCUGAUUGGCCACAGCAUGGGAGGGAAGACCGCCAUGACCACGGCGCUCACGCAGCCGGACCUCGUGGAGCGGCUAGUGGUGGUGGACAUCAGCCCGGCCCAGACCUCCACCAGAACCAACUUCAGGUGCUACAUCCAGGCCAUGCAGGACGUGAAGAUCUCCACGGACCUGCCCCGCUCCACUGCCCGCCGCAUGGCCGAGGAUCAGCUGCGCGGCCUGGUGAAGGAGCACUCGGUGCGGCAGUUCCUGCUGACCAACCUGGUGGAGCUGAACGGCCACUACUCCUGGAGGGUCAACUUGGAGGCCAUCUCUGCUCACCUGGACAACAUCAUGAGCUUCCCCGACUUCCACACGGUCUACAGCGGCCCCACGCUCUUCCUGGGCGGAGCCAGUUCUGCUUACAUCAGCUCUGAAGAUUACCCCGAGAUCCAGCGGCUGUUCCCCCACGCCGACAUCCAGUACAUCCCGGACGCCAGCCACUGGAUCCACGCGGACAAACCCUUGGACUUCAUCAGCUCCAUCAGCUCCUUCCUGCAGUCCUAGCUGGCCAGGACUGCUGGACUCUGGUCCUCUGGGUCUCAGCUUCUGACCCCCACUGGACCCACUCCCCCUUUUACAGCAUAGUGAAGUGUAGAUUCGUGAGCAUCCUCAUCAUCACGGCGCCCGCAGCAGGGCUCCUCAGGUCAGUGUGGACGGACUGUAGCGACCCCUGGAGGAGGAGCAGCGCACUGAUCCAAAGAGAGACUCACUAACCUCAGGUCAACAGUCCCACCCCCUUCGUUCUUGGUUCUGGUGUCGUCCUGGUGUGUGUUCUGACCCGUAUAUGCUGCAUCGAUGUCGCGUAUCUAAUCCUUCUCUCUCUCUCCGUCAAACUGCCACGAAGGUGUUAGAUGGUGCCUCCGCACAGAGCCGCUCUCCGGCAGCUGGGUUGCCGGUUCUGUUCGUGUGACGGGGACCCGCUUGGGGGCCCCCGGGGGCCGAGCCCUGUGAAACGCUCAAGUGGCUGUCGGUGAUUCCUUGAGUGCAUGUCUCUCCUGUGCUUUUGGGUUGUUGCCAUGGAGACGGUGUUUACAUGGGAAGCUGUGUCUUUACAUUUAAACUGAUUCACUGUUCUAAUGUGUAAAACUAUAUUCUACAAUAAACAGCGGAGGUGAGGAGGUAUGUGGAUGAGUCAUGUGACACCCGAGGCUCUGGAACCUUCUGGACCUGGAGGUUUGAAGUCGCCUGAUCUCCAGCUUCAGAACAGGUUCAUAGAAACUGUGGCUCUUGGGUCCAAGCUGAGGCUGGGAUGGUGGGGGGAGGCGCAGGUGAGAAAGGUCAUGUGACCGGGAGCAGGACCUUCUCACAGGAGGAACAGUGAGGGAGCAACCUGGGAACAAGAGGACGGUAGCUUCCAGCC